CAUACAAAUAUAUACAUCUAUUAAUAUAUAAUAAACUUUUGAUAAAACAGAGAAACAGAACAAAAGAAUGAAGUUUGGAAAAGAGUUUGCAUCACAAAUGGUGCCAGAAUGGCAAGAAGCAUACAUGAACUACAAUUACCUCAAGACACUUUUAAAAGAAAUCUUGAUUUUCAAGCAAAGACAAACAAGGUCAAACAAAGUCAACCCUCCAAAAUCAUCAUCACCUUCCAAAGUAGCAUCUUUAAGAAGAAGGGUGUCACUUUUUAGAGCAUUUAGUGGUCUAACAAGUCGUUAUGGUCACAAUAGUCCGAAAAAAGAUAAAGAAGAUGAAGUUAUAUUAGUUAGUGCAAUGCAUCAAUCUGAUGAAGAAGAACAAAGUGAGGAUAGUCAUAGUAACUAUCAGACGAUUUUUCUUCGGUCGUCUGAAGAAGGUGGAGAGUUUGAGCUUGUGUUCUUUAGAGGACUUGAUUAUGAGUUUAAUAAAGUGAAUCAGUUUUAUAGAAAUAAAGUUGAGGAAGUUAAGAAACAUGCUGAAGAGUUGAAUAUGCAAAUGGAUGCUUUUAUUGCUCUUAGGAUCAAAGUCAAUCAUCCUAAUGCUGUCUCUCCUUUUGUCAAUGAUACAAAAAAAGGGUCUUAUCCAAUGGAGGUAAUACAUGAAGAAAGCCAAGAAAAAAAUUUGGAAGAUGAUAGGAAGGACUACAAGAUAGCUUCCUUAGAGGUUUUAGACAAUAUAAAGAUUAAUACUACCACUACAUCGCCGCGAUCCACCAUAAAAAGUCUGUUUCAUAUGUUAAGAUCAGACUUGCAUUACAACAAAAAAGAGCUUAAAGAUGCCCAGGAGAAGUUGAAACGGGCUUUCAUUGAGUUCCAUGAAAAGCUUCGGUAUUUAAAGAACUAUGCGUUCUUGAACCAAUUGGCCUUUUCGAAAAUAAUGAAAAAGUAUGAUAAGAUCACAUCAAGAAAUGCAUCAGAUGCUUACUUACAGAUGGUUGAAGAAUCAUACUUGAGCCAUUCUGAUGAGGUUACUAAGCUCCUAGAGAGAGUAGAAUCAGCAUUUGUAAAGCAUUUCUGUAAUGGUAAUCGCCACCAGGGAAUGGACAUGUUAAGGCCGAAAGCUAAAAAAGAUGGGCAUUGGGUAACCUUUUUUGUGGGUUGUUUUUUUGGAUGCUCGUUAGCUCUUAUUGUGGCAAUUGUUUUAACCAUACACGCAAGAAAUAUUUUUAAGAGUCCACUUCGAGAUCAAUACAUGAAUACUUUAUUUCCAUUAUACAGCUUGUUUGGGUUUUUAGUGUUACAUAUGCUGAUGUAUGCUGGAAAUGUAUACUACUGGAUGCGUUAUCGGAUCAAUUACUCAUUUAUAAUUGGAUUCAAGCCGGGUACUGAAUUGGGUUAUAAAGAAGUUCUACUUCUCAGUUCUGGUCUAUCAGUACUCACGCUUGCAGCUGUACUGUCAAACCUUGAAAUGGACAUGGAUCAGAGAACUCAAACUUACAAAGCUCUAACUGAAUUAGUCCCUGUAGGAUUACUCAUUGCUGUACUUUUGAUAACAAUCUGUCCAUUCGAUAUCUUCUAUCGUACAACCCGUUUCUUCCUAUUAGUCUGUUUAUGGCACUGUAUAUGUGCUCCUUUUUAUACGGUUACUCUCCCUGAUUUCUUCUUGGGUGAUCAGUUAACUAGCCAGGUUCAAUUAUUUAGGGAUUUGCAAUUCUAUGUAUGCUACUAUGGUUGGGGAGAUUUCAAGAAAAGGGAUGCAGGAACUUGCGAAAACAGCGAAGUUUAUAAGACUAUUUUUAUAGUAAUUGCUGUUAUCCCAUACUGGAUACGGCUCCUACAGUGCAUACGACGUUUGUGUGAAGGGCGUGAUUCUACACAAGCUCUAAAUGCGCUUAAAUACUUCUCCAUCAUUGUCGCCGUUGUUGCAAGGACAAUCUAUAGUCAAAGACAAGGGAUGACCAUGAAAAUAAUUGCAGCAGCUACCUCCGGAUUUGCAACAAUUUUUGCUACCUAUUGGGAUAUAGUGAUGGAUUGGGGUCUGCUAUGUAGGAAUUCUGAGAAUCCUUGGUUAAGAGAUAAGCUCAUUUUGCCUAAUAGAUCUAUCUACUUCAUAGCGAUGGUAUUGAAUGUGCUACUAAGACUUGCGUGGAUGCAAACAGUAAUGGAUUUCACCGACGCCCCUUUCCUCCAUAGAAAGGCCAUGAUAGCACUAGUUGCCAGUUUGGAGAUUAUUCGACGUGGAAUAUGGAACUUCUUUAGGCUGGAGAAUGAGCAUUUGAACAAUGUUGGGAAAUUUCGAGCUGUCAAGUCAGUGCCAUUACCUUUUAGCUACGAGGACGGAAACAAGGUUUUAUAAUCUGGUUUUGAUAUAGAGUAGACAAUUGUAUAGUAUCAAAGUUUUGUAUCUACAUAGUUUCCAAUAUAGAAACUUGAAAAUCACUCUGUGCAUAAAAGCGAUCUUAUAUAAUUCAAAACAUUGUAUUCUUGAACA